AUCUCUCCCAUUCAUAUCAUCAUUUUCCCGGCAACACUACAAAACCCUAACCCCAAAUUUCCCUUUCAAAACCUUUUCUUUAUCUGAAUCCAGAUUCAUCUUCACUCACUCCAACAACUGGAUCAAACCCUCAUCGUUUGAACUCAAUGGAGAGAAAAGGAACCAACAAUGAUUACAGUUCAGAGGACGAGGGAACUCAGCAUUACAGGCGUGGAGGGUACCAUGCUGUUCGAGUUGGUGAUACUUUCAACAAUGGCUGCUAUGUUGUGCAGGAUAAACUCGGUUGGGGUCAUUUUUCUACUGUUUGGCUCGCUUGGGAUACUCUCAAAUCGCGUUAUGUGGCCCUUAAAAUUCAAAAGAGCGCACAGCACUACACUGAAGCUGCAAAGGAUGAAAUAAAGAUUCUCAAACAAAUUGAAGAGGGAGACCCUAAUGACAAGAAAUGUGUGGUGAAGCUUUUGGAUCACUUUGAGCAUUCAGGGCCUAAUGGCGUGCAUGUGUGUAUGGUUUUUGAAUUCCUUGGAGAUAAUCUUCUCACCCUUAUCAAAUAUAGUGACUAUCGCGGGGUUCCUCUCUCUAUGGUUAAAGAAAUAUGUUUUCAUAUUUUGGUGGGCUUGGAUUACUUGCACCGCGAGCUUUCUAUCAUACACACCGAUUUGAAGCCAGAGAAUGUGUUGCUUCUUUCAUUGAUAGAUCCAUGUAAGGAUCCUAGGAAAUCUGGUGCUCCACUCAUCCUUCCAAACACCCAGGAUAAGGCUGUGUCUAAUAAUGGCGUUAUCCAAAACAGUAAAACGGGGAAUGCAGAUCUAACGAAGAACCAAAUGAAGAAAAUGCAGGGAAAGGCUAAGAGGGUUGCUCAAGGCUGUGUUGAGAAGGAAAGUUCUGAUGAAGCCGGGGAGGACUAUAAAGAACCGGAGCAGGGAAGUUGUAAUAAUGGUGUAAAAUCAAGUGCAGAAUCUGUUGAAAACAAAUCCAAUAGUUCUUUCAGUGAAGGCGGAUCAACACAGACUUCUGAAAAGGUUGUUACACAAGGAAAUCAAGGUCAUAGCAAAAGUAGCCGUUCCGUGAAAAAGAAGCUGCUGGCAGCUGUUGAUCUAAAGUGCAAGCUGGUUGAUUUUGGUAAUGCUUGUUGGACUUAUAAACAGUUCACAAAUGAUAUUCAGACAAGGCAAUAUAGGUGUCCUGAGGUUCUUCUGGGAUCUAAAUACUCAACUCCAGCAGAUAUGUGGUCAUUUGCUUGCAUUUGCUUUGAGUUUGCCACUGGUGAUGUUCUUUUUGAUCCUCACAGUGGUGACAACUAUGAUAGGGAUGAGGAUCAUCUGGCAUUGAUGAUGGAACUUCUCGGAAAGAUGCCUACCAAGAUUGCACUUGGUGGCCGCUAUUCCCGAGAUUUUUUCAAUAGACACGGUGACCUAAGGCACAUUCGCGACUUGCGAUUCUGGCCACUAAAUAAGAUUCUGAUGGAAAAGUAUAAUUUCAGUGAACAAGAUGCUAAAGACAUGGCUGACUUCCUUCUUCCAAUACUUGAUUUUGACCCUGAGAAGAGACCAACAGCUGCUCAGUGCCUUAGUCAUCCAUGGCUCAGUGCAGUUCCCCGCACCAUUGAGCCUUCACUGACUAGUACACAACCUGAUGCAACCAGCCAGGAAUUGCUCGAAAAGAGAAAAAGGGAAAAAGAAAAGGCCGAGCAGGAGUUGGUGGAAGUUGGUGUGAGGAACAUAUCCAUUAAUCAAACUUCUGAGUCAAUCAAAGUCUCUGAACCUGUAAAGUCAUCAAUAUAGAUGCAUAUUGGCUUGUUGUCAACUUCUAAAGCCAUUAUAGUGAAGAAUAUGUGAUCUGUUUUUGUUUUUGCAUGGGGUUCUUGGAACUUGAGUAGUACUACUAGCAACACACUCUUCUAUUGAUUGAAAUUCAUAUGAACUCUACCAACUCAUGUGGGUCUAUAUGAAUUUCAACCAAUAGAAGAUUAAGUGCGCCGUUUCAAAAAAAUAAAUGAAAAGAUUUUGUUGCUUCAAA